GGAGUACGGAUUCAUUUAACCUCUUCCCCAUAAUUGUUUUUCUAAUUUAAUGGUUGAGUUGUUGUUUAGUGAGUUCAGCGUUCACCAACAGAAGCACAGAAGCAAAAGAUUACUGCACGGAUAAAGUCAAAAGUCGGAAUGGUUUUUCCUCUGAUCAAUCUGUGAAGAAUCAAUCUUCAUUGAAAUUUUAGGAAUCGAGGAAGGAAGGGUGAGGGUUAGGGUAAGGGUAAGGGCUGAGCAUAGAAAAAGUCAAUUCAAAUGCCGGAAGAGGAUUUGGUUGACAUCAAGUUUAGGUUGUACGAUGGCUCCGAUAUCGGACCCUUCAGGUACUCAUCCGCCGCUACUGUCGAUAUGCUUAAGCAGAGGAUUGUCUCGGAUUGGCCCAAAGGUAAAACGAUCGUGCCAAAGUCAGCUAAUGAAGUGAAAUUGAUUAAUUCUGGUCAAAUCUUGGAAAACAACAAGACUGUUGGUCAAUGUAAAGUACUAUUUGGUGAGAUUGCAGGAAAUAUUAUAAUAAUGCAUGUUGUUGUACAGCCAUCUCUAGCAAAAACUAAAGCUGAGCACGUAUCAGAACCAAUUUCCACGAGUUUGCAGCUGGAUCUGCAUGAUGAUGACAUGGCUUACUAAUACUCUUAUGCUCAGUGGAACUGUGGGACACUAAUAGAUUAAUAAGGUUAGCCAGCACUCUGUGGAGGUUUCAUUGUAGGUUUGAUUGUCAAUCCAUGUGUCUUAUCAUUACUCCAUUGCUUCGUAUUGGGAAGCUAACCCUUAAGCAGGACUUGUUUUGAAUAAUAACACCUCAUACCCCCUAAGACAUGUACAACACAUGUUUAGUAUUGUUCUGUUGCGGGGUGCAUCAAUUGUCUCGGAGACUGGUGAGUUAAGUUACAAUCGAAUUGUAACAUUUGGGUUGCUAUGCUCUUAAGUAGAAAGAGUUGUAUCUUGAUUAUUGACUAUUACUUUUGAUCUAGUGAUAAGUGUUCAAUCCAAUAAUUGGUAUAAUAUAUAGGUUGAUUCCUAGUGGCACAAUUAUUUAGGGAAAAAUUGUUUCGAGUUGCACAAUUAUAAUAUGACAUAAGCAAGUAGGUUGACUCACAAUCUAACCGUUUAAUUUCUAAUAGGACAAUUGUUGAAGGAGAGAUCGUUUCAAGUUGUAUCAAUUAUCCAAUGCCAAAAGUGGGUCAAGUCACCGUACAAUUAGCUAUAUAGCGGCCAAGUCAUAACAUGUUCUGCCAUUACGUGUUCAAUUUAAAUAAUUUUUUCUUCUUUUUAGCUUGAACAUCGAAGUGAAUAUUUCCAUCGAGCAAGAUAAUGUUUUCUAAUGAAAAUUAAUUAUUUUUAACAUUUAGAAAAGUCAGCUUAAACAUAAUGUAAAAUAUUAAAAAUAGUUUCUUAGUACUGUUUUCCCUUGGUCGUUAUCAUUACAAGAUGGCAAGUUUAAUAAAUUGUUUUAAAAAAGAUGAAUAUUAUUUUCUUGAUGAUACAGUUCUUUGCUUUUGGGUAAAGACGUGGUGCUUACCGUGUAAAAUAGUGAACAAUUUUACUUUAUUGUGAAGCUUAUUAUUAGAAAAAGGUGAACGUACAAAUCUUGAUUACUAUAGAUUUUGUCAUUUUACUUGUGUGUGGUUGGUGUCGGUGGUCUUGUAUUUCAGAGAUUCUUUAGAUUGCAAGACACUUGGGAUUCAAACAUAAGGAUCCCUCUUUCUUCACCUCCACAAUUUUCUUGUAUUAUCUCUCAUUCAUUCGGAAAUAUAGGUUUUUUGGAAUACAAUUUCUGCACUCAGUAAUAGGCUUUUGGAAUGUAUGUUUUACACUCCAUAAAGUAUAUUCCAGAAUUAGAGGGAAGUGUCACAAAACCGUGGAGGAAGAAAUAUCCGAAACACAAAGUGGAGGGUAUUAUGAUACAGUAAUAGUAAUGAUUGUUUAAGGAGAUACCUAGGUUAGACAGCAGGUGAAGAGUCUACCCACAGACAUUGAAGCAUAUUUCCAGCUUUGAAGACUAAGUUUUUUUUGCACCAGUUAUUCUGUACCUUUUAUCUGAAAGUUGAAUAAACAAUACAGUUUGAUAUUUCCAUUUCUGCUCCUAUUUUAACAGAAAAGAAGGUGGAUGAUUCACCCAAGAAGCCUGUCUGUUCUUGUUCUAUAUUAUGAAGACAGUUUGUAAGUUGGAGAUCAAGAGUUUCCUAUCCUUGAAAGUGUUAUUUUAAUAUAGAUUCCCAAACAUGAUUUUCUUAAAAUUGAAAAUACUUGUUUAUAUAAGAAACUUUUUAUAAUUUAAAGGAAUCCAUGUUUCUGGAAUACAUAUUAAAAUAAUACUUUUGUUAAUAUAAGGUACUUUGGUGAAAGCUGUCAUUGUAUAUACCCUUAUCGAUCAUCAAUGGCUUGAAUCGUAGAAAUCAUCUCUGCCGGAACAAACUCCUUUUUCAGCUUCCUUUGUGUAAAUUACACAUAUAUAUAUAUAUUAAGGUUGCGUUUGGAAUGUGUAUUUUAGAAUUGUAAAGAAAUUUAGAUUUUAA